UUGGCUUUGAGGAGCAAAGGGGCUGGGUUAGUUAAGACCCCAUGAACUCGCCGUUAUGUCAAACCUGUCUGCAUCAGACUAGAGACAAAAACUACACAGCACAGGGCUGUCUUCGACUUCUGGAUAAUGGACGAGCAAAAAGUAGAAAUGUGACUGGAUUUUAAUCUUGUUUUUAGGUUUGUCAGCUUACUAAGACGUCGACGAUUUUCGCUUGAAAAAAUGACGACACGUAGGAUGCUGUCUGAAACAUUGGAACAUUUGAGUUCUGGGGAGCUUGAGGAUUUCUGCCUACAUGUUGAAUUGGAGAAAGGUGUCCCCCUCCUCUCAGAACCCGAUCUAAAAUCAAUAUGCCCAGAGAAAAUAGAGGAGCUGAUGGUGAAGAGAUACAGCGAGGAGGAGUGUGUGAAGUUGACCAGAAAUAUCUUAAAGAAGAUGAACAGGACUGAUCUCGUGAAGAGAUUGCUUGACGACAGACGGGAGCCCGAAGAAGAACACUCUAUGGAUGAAGAGCCGCUUUCACUGACCCAGAGGGUGGAAAAGAUGACAUCUGUUAUAGAACUGCUUGUGGAAAUUAUGGCUUGCCUAACAGAAGACCAGUAUGAGGAAUUCAAGCAGUUGAUCAGAAAUGAAGGCCACAAAACAUAUAAAUCAUACAACCCUCGUUUGCUGUGGCAGACAAACCAUCAGGACACUGCGUGUGUUACAGUUUUGACUUUUGGCCAAAACUCUGUUGUGAAGACGAUGAAGAUUUUAAAGAAGAUGAACAGAACUGAUCUGGUGCAGAAGUUGUUGGAGACCAGCUCAAGUUUCGAAAAGAAACGCUCAGAUGAACCACGCUCUGUCCUGUUGGAGAAAAAAUAUUGGAUGUGAUGGUGCAGACCUACGGGCGACAGUCUGUGGAUGAGACCAGUAAGAUUUUAAAGAAGUUGCACAGAGUUGAUCUCAUGCAGAUGUUUUCAGAGACUAGCUCAGAACCCAAAGUGGAUGAGCAUCAACCUCCAGUCUUUGAAAAAACGGUAAAGGAAGAUGUGGAACAUGUUCUUUCGGAAACAUUGAGUGGUUUGAAAUUUAUGGAGUUUGAGAAAUUUAAGUGGGUGCUGCAGCUCACAUACUUCCAGAGGAGUUUUACACAAAUCCAGUGGCACCACAUGAAGUGGGCAACAACUCCAGAUGAACUGGUGCAUCUGAUGGUGAUGAACCAGCAGCCUGUGGAGGUGACCAAAGAGGUUUUACUGGACAUGAACAGGACUGAUCUAGUUGAGAGGCUGAUGGCGACAGACUCAGGACUUCAAGAAGAACACUUUCUGGAAAAGCCGCUUGCAAUGUUCAGGAGGCUUAAAAAAAUGACGACACGUAGGAUGCCGUCUAAAACAUUGGAACGUUUGAGUUCUGGGGAGCUUGAGGAUUUCUGCCUACAUGUUGAAUUGGAGAAAGGUGUCCCCCUCCUCUCAGAACUCAAUCUAAAAUCAAUAUGCCCAGAGAAAAUAGAGGAGCUGAUGGUGAAGAGAUACAGCAAGGAGGAGUGUGUGAAGUUGACCAGAAAUAUCUUAAAGAAGAUGAACAGGACUGAUCUCGUGAAGAGAUUGCUUGACGACAGACGGGAGCCCAAAGAAGAACACUCUAUGGAUGAAGAGCCGCUUUCACUGACCCAGAGGGUGGAAAAGAUGACAUCUGUUAUAGAACUGCUUGUGGAAAUUAUGGCUUGCCUAACAGAAAACCAGUAUGAGGAAUUCAAGAAGUUGAUCAGAAAUGAAGGCCAUAUAAAAUAUAUAUAUCAUACAACCCUCGUUUGCUGUGGCAGACAAACCAUCAGGACACUGCGUGUGUUACAGUUUUGACUUUUGGUCAAAACUCUGUUGUGAAGACGAUGAAGAUUUUAAAGCAGAUGAACAGAACUGAUCUGGUGCAGAAGUUGUUGGAGACCAGCUCAAGUUUCAAAAAGAAACGUUCAGAUGAACCACGCUAUGUCCUGUUGGAGGAAGCAGCAACAAUGGCAGCUGUUAAAGAGCUGCUUUUGGAAAUCCUGCAUUCUUUAAA